AUGGCCCCCAAAUCGAUCGAGGGCAAGGUGCGCCCUCUCGCCCCUUUCGAUAAGACGCUCGAAAAGACAACGCUGAAGGGCGCAUCGCGCAUUUACGUCAACCGGGACUCACUCAUCCAACUGACGGGAAGCGUCGACAACGGGCGAAGAUGUAUAGUCACCAGAGUGGGCGAGGAUCAGACGACGACUGUACGUCAGGCCGCCCUCUGGACCCUGUCGGACAAGAACAUCAGUCCCAAUAUCAUCCUCAUGAGUGAGGCCUACCGCGAGGCCUGCGGCUUCGAGCUCGGCGAUCAGCUGACGAUCACGAUGCAUGAGAAGACCGCCGUCCCUGACGCGGAGUCUGUAGUUAUUCUGCCCGUAACAACAACGGACAGGGAAGUGAACGAUAUCAAGACGUUGGAGGGGGCGUGGAUUGGAGUGAUCAGGUUCUACUUGAUACGUGCUGAGCAAGUGUUCCCCGGCAUGAAGUUCGAAUGCGUGGCACCCGGGGCCAAACAGAUUUUCAAGGUAGUGUCCGUCGACGGCCAGACGGACAACGUUGCCAAAUUCGUCACAUCGACAGCGCCUAGUAUCAUCUACAGUGAAGAGGAGGCGCCAGUCGAAGAGGUCAAGGAAGUCACAAAGCUCGACGUCAGGGGCAUCCCCGGCCUCCACGCGGAAGAGAAGAAGCUGAGAGGGUUCCUGCACGGCUUCAACGGUAAGUUCUUCUACCAUGGCCAGCACAAGUCUUGCGGCAUCGUCAUCCACGGCGGGCGAGGCACUGGCAAGUCGUACAUUCUCAACCGCAUCGCGGCCACCGGGUGGGGCAGGGUGUUCAAAAUUGAGGAGAACGACAAGUCCUCAGCCGUGGAAGAGGUGUUCAAGCAGGCGCGGUCCCAGCAGCCCAGCAUCAUCCUCAUGGACGGCCUCCAGUCGUUGAUCGGCAAGGACAGGGCCAACUCGAGCGCCAUCAUCCACAGGCUGGGUCAGCAGCUCGACCAGCUGGCCGAAGAAGCCCUGCAGAACCGCGCCCUGCCCAAGGUCGUCGUCGUGGCCACUUGCCUGGACUACAUGACGGACGUGCCCCCUGAGCUGCAGAAGCGCACGAGGUUCGGGCUGAGCAUCCCUCUUUCAAUCCCCAACGCCGAGGGCCGGCUGGAGAUUCUCAAGGCACUUCACAUUCCCGUCCAGCCGGCGAUCAAGGACUUGAUGCUCGGCAGACUCUCACAGCAGACGCACGCCUACAAUGCCGACGAUCUUGUUGGGCUCAUCGACAACGCAAAGAUCGCAUCGAGACAGCGACUCGACCCCGACGGCAACGGCUUCGACGAGGAGACGAUGCAGGAGCAGCAGCUCACGAGGGAGGACCUGGAGCAGGCACUGCGCAGCUCCAAGCCGACAGCCAUGCACGACGUGAACCUCAAGCCGCCGACGAUCCACUGGCAGGACGUGGGAGGCCAGGAGAGCCUCAAGGUGGCCCUGCAAAGAAUGAUUAAACUCACGACCACAAGCAAUCCGUCUGUCCAAAAACUGAUCCUGACCCCGCCCAAGGGCCUGCUCCUCUACGGCCCGCCCGGCUGCUCAAAGACGCUGUCAGCGCAAGCCAUGGCCACCGAGUCCGGUUUCAACUUUUUUGCCGUCAAGGGCGCCGAGCUCCUCAACAUGUACGUGGGCGAGUCGGAGCGUGCCGUGCGACAGCUCUUUGAACGCGCGCGCGCGGCCAGCCCGAGCAUCAUCUUCUUUGACGAGAUCGACUCCAUUGGCGGACAGCGCACCGGCAGCGGCGCCAAGAGCCAGGGCUCCGUCAACAUGCUCACGACGCUGCUCACCGAGAUGGACGGGUUUGAGGCCCUCUCGGGCGUGCUCAUCCUGGCGGCCACCAACAGGCCGGAGCAGAUGGACCCCGCGCUGCUGCGCCCCGGGCGUUUCGACCGCAUCGUGUACGUCGGCCCGCCGGACGACGCCGGUCGCGAGGCCGUCUUCAAGCUGUACCUCCGCAAGCUGCCGACCGCCGCGGACGUGGACCUGGCCGAGCUGUCGCGACUGUCCGAGGGCUUUUCCGGCGCCGAGAUUAAGCAGAUUGUCAACGUCGCGACGGAGCCGGCGGUGGAGAAGGCGUUGGCACUGGCGGCUGAAGGAAACGGAGAAGGCGCCGAGAAGGAGAUAGAGGUUUGUAUGGAGGACCUAGUGGCCGCGAUCAAGGCGUCCCCCAAGGCAAUUACACCGCAGAUGCUGGAGGGCUACGAUAAGUGGUCCAAGCAGUUUCUCAGACACCAGAACCAGAAAUAG